GCAGCCGGCCAUGUUUAGGUUAUCUUGAAACUGCGGUAGAAGAAUAUACACAAAGCCUCGAAUACGGCUGCUUUUUGGUUUCCUUACUGUUCAGACGUCAUUUUAAUGCACUCUGGUGUUUAAGACGCCCUCCAGUAAAAAUGGCUGCGAGUGCAAAAGAUGACGAGUUUGAUCAGUUUGACAAGCCAGGGGCUGAAAGGUCAAGGAGAAGAAGAACUGGAGCAGGGGACAUGGACAGUGAUCUUGAAUACGACUUGCUUGAUGAUGAUUGGCUUUCUACUAAAAAGAAUCCGUCUGACUUUUCUGAUGAAGAGUUGAAUGAUGACCUUCUGCAAAGUGAUGAUGACGAUCAGAACAUGAGUUCCCAGGGAGUUGCCAUUAGCCUCAAUGCUACAGCCGGUCUGGUUACAUCAUUUGACGUUACAAAAAGUGAUCACGACCAUUCUUUGGAUGAAGCAGAGUACAGAGAAAGCGGUGAUGAAAAUGUGGGUGCUGAAGACUAUGAAGGGGGAGAAGGGUUAGAAGGAGUGGAGGGCUAUUCUCAAGAAGAGUAUGCAGAACAGUACGAAGCCAGUGACACAGAGCUGGCAGGGGACCACAUGGAAUACACAGGAGAACAGGCGGAGGAAGAAAUGUACAGCGAUGAAGUGUUAGACAUUGAAAUCAAUGACCCUAUGGAUGAUGAAUUUCAAGAUGAGGACUACUCCCAGUCUUACAGUGGUCAGCAGACAGUCCUGGAGGUGGAAGGGGAAGCUGAAGAGCAGGAGAUGCAUGUGGCUGUUCAGGAGAGGGGCAUUGAACCCGAAGAGGUAGAGAACGAAACGGAACAGGAGGUAGAGGCCAAGGAGGAAUCUGAUGAGGAAGAAGAUGAAGACGAGGAGUCCUGUCGACUCCGGUUUAAAACUGAACGAAAAGAUGCAACGGUCAUACGACUGUCCGACGCAGCCAGUAAAAGAAGGAACAUUCCAGAAACCUUGGAGCUUUCUGAAGAAGCUAAAGCAACGCUGAUGGACUUUGAAGAAAAAGAGCGUCAGCGCAAGCAGGGUCGCUUUGGGGGAUGGGGAAGGGGGAGAGGGAGAGGAGCUUUCCCUGGCUAUGAGCAUGGGAAUUUCAGGAGAGACGCUGGGGGCAGAGGAAGAAUGAAUGAGCAGAGGCCUCCAUUGAUGCCCAUGCCAAUGUCUUUGCAGCACUCACCCUCUAGGAUGACCCACUAUCAGCAGCUGCACCAUCAACAGCCACACCACCAACAAUCUCCCAGAGGCCAUUUCCAGGAGCAGAGCCAACAGAGACAGUCCCCUCAGCCUCUGAUACCUUCCCAUCCGUACCACCAGUUGUCUUCUCCACAAGGAAUACUCAUCCGUCCACAGGCAGAAGGAUCCUCACCUGCACAUUCUCCACAGCAGCCCAAGAACAUUCAUAUCAACCCGCACUUCAGAGGCCCAGUUUCCUCUUCUGUGCAAGUGCCCUUGAUGCCUGUGCCAAACCAGCCCAGGCCUGCUGUGGUUCCCCAGAGAUUUCCAGGUGCCCCAGAAUUCCAGCCGCCUGUCUCUGGAAACUUUAAUCAGCCCCCAAGGCACCAUUCCCCUGAACCCUGGAGAGGACCCCCGCAACCUCAAGAGAGGGAGCCUUUCUUUAUUGGAGAGCCAAGGUUCCCAGGACAGCAUAUGUUUGAACAACAGAACCCCCCUCCACUCAUGAAUAACAACCACCCUUUGCCUGGCCAGAAUCCCAUGCCUUUCAGCCAGCAAGGGCCUGGUUUUAACCAGCAAGGGCAACAGACAGUGUUUCAACGCGAAGGACCCAUGAUGCCAAACGUCCAUCCUCCGGGUCCCAUGGGCAUGUCUCACUUCACCCAGCCCGGACCUGCCAAUCCCAGACCUUUUACUCCUCCGAGACAACACUUUCCACAAGGCCCUGGGCAGCCCUUCCCAUCACCACAUAUGCAGCUUGGAAUGCAGGCACGCCACAGAGGGCCGAUGCAUCCUCCUCCGCAUUCUCAACCCUCACACCAUGAGCUGCCAGCUUCACACCAUCACCAUCAUCAGCAGCAGCAGCAGCAGCAGCAGCAGCAGCACCCCCUGCACUACAGCCACCCAGGUCCACAGCGCCCCCUGCACCCCAACUCGCAGUCUUACUUCAGACCUCAGCUACAGAACAUGCAGCAACAAAUGAAUCUGCGAAUGCAGCGCCCCCCGCUCCGCACAGGCCCAAUAAAACCCAGACUUAACACACUGCCUCAGUCUGUAAAUAAGCCUCCAAACCAGCAGGUACAAGCUUUGCCUCCACGCAACAGUAACCUGCGUGAGCUCCCUGUAGCACCAGCUAAUGUGAACAUUCACAAUAACCGUCCGAUGUCGGCUCCUGCUGCGCAGGUGAGGCCUGUUGCCAGGCAUAUGCAGAAUGCCAGGUCAAUGUCCGGAGCCAAGGUGAUGCCUACUGCCAGGCCCCAGCCUACUGCCAAGGCCCAGACAGUGCCCAGAAUGGCAGCGAAGAAUGUAGUCAAAACGGAUACUCCAGUGGCACAGCUUAAUCCUCCACAGACAAGUGAAGUGAACCCGGAUGAGGAUGAAGAAACAAGGGUAUACCGUUUAAAAAUAGAAGAACAAAAACGGUUAAGGGAGGAAAUUCUCAAACGGAAGGAGCUCAGAAGACAAAUGCAGGCUGGUGUAAGGAAGAAAGAACUGCUUGAACGCAUUACACAGCAGCCUCAACCACAGCUAGCAAUACCGCUACAGACACCACCGCCACCUUUACCACCCUUUGUACAACCACAACAGCAGCAGCAGCAACAACCAGGCUCAUUGCAGAUACCUUCAAAUGGCGUUACACAAACACCCCAGCCUGGUGCUCUACCCCGGCCAAACAUAAAGAACCAGUUUCCGAUGAAAAAAACACAGGCUCCGGGGCUUGGGGUUCAACUGCAAAAUGUAAGACCCCAGCAAGCUGGGCUCAAUCUACAGAGGAGAAACGUGAAUCCGCUAAUUCAGAACAGACCGGGACCCCACUUCCAGACCCCGCAGGCUCAAGCGAGACCUGCAGUAGUGGCAGCUGUGCCAGGACUGCAGCAGAGUGCUCAGGGGGUGUUUGGACAAGGCAGACCCCAGGAAUUGAAGCCUGGUGUGAAAAGGACUGUAAUGCAGAGAUCCAACAGUGGGAGCGGAGAUGGGCCACAUGUUGGUGCCAAAGUCAGGGUGGUCAAGCUGUUGGGAGUGCAGGAGGGAGAAGGAGUUGUCCAUGCUUCUCCAGUGGGGCAGCCUCAGAGGGGCCAGCUACCACAGCAGCAAAGACAGCAGCCAGCACGAAAGGUCACGUUGGGAAAGGCAACAGUCCAACAGCAGCUGAAACAGCAGCAAACACAGUUUUAUCAACCACAUCCAGAGCCACACGGAGUGAGAAACAACCUUGGAAAUCAACCACAAAAUAGGGUUGUUAUGCAGGGGCGAGGCAGAGCAGCAGCAGGCCAGAUGGGCCGUGGCCGCUUGAUGCCAAACAAGCAGAACCUGCGAGUGGUGGAGCCUCAGCCAUGCGUCGUGUCAAUUGAAGGGCUUUCUUCAUCAACCACUGAUGUCCAGCUGAAAAACCUGCUCAUGUCAGUGGGACCCAUUCAGAUGUUACAAAUGCAUCCACAACUAAGGAAAGCUGUAGCAAGAUUCAACAAUCCCCUGCAUGCUACCACCUUUCAGCAGAGGUUCCACAGGCACAUGAUAGAUUUGUCGCAUAUCAAUGUGUCGCUGAUAAAUGACUGAUAGAUCGCCGCCAUGCACAUUGAGCCCUUGGAGUAGUUCAGAUGUAGCAUUGGAGUGGAAACGGAAGUGUCAUUCAAAGGAGAUCACAGACAGACACACACCAAUCUAAAACUGAGUCGUGACGCAGGCUUGUGGAACACCAGGACUCUGAAGGCAUCUUUCAAGAGGAAGGGGUGUUCACCCAUCGCACUGAGGAAGAGAAGCUUUUUCUACAGUUGUUUUUUUUCUCUUGGCUCAAGCUCUUAUUAAUAGAAACAGAUGUGCAUGUCAAUGCCAGACUUUGUUCAAAAUUGUGGUAUCUAUUUAGCAGCAAUGACUUAACAAGGUAGUCAGAUCAAGACAUGCUUUCCCCAGUACAAAAAAAAUAACUUUGAUAUUGAAUAACAUUAGAUAAUGGUUGCUCUUACCUUCUCAACAUUUAUAAUCUCUCGUUAAUCAGAAAUUAACUAGUCUUAUAAAAGAAAACCAGGUUUGUAGUUUUGGUAAGGCCAGACCCCUUAGAAAUAUCGAAGGCAAAAAAGUUAGGCUUUUUAUUGGUGAUCUUAAGCUCCUCUAGUUAGCACCAAACCUUUCUGUUCUGUUAGUUUAAAUCUUUAAUAAAACAAAUUGGCUUGCACUUUUACAUUUGUGCUUGGCUGCAGUGCUUUGUGGAGCCAAUAGAUGGCAAUAUCGAAUCACUUUCCUGUCACCUUCUGUUUUUUUAAAAAAAAUUAAUUCAUGAAAUUCAUUUAAAGAGCACCAUCUUCUGGAUCAAAGUGGAAUUGUGCAAGCCAGACUACUUUUAUUUCUAAAAAAAAAAAAAAAAAAAAAAAAAAAAAAUUUACUUAAGCUUCCCAGGUGGAGAUUUAAUUUGUUGGUUACAUUUCUAAACAGGAGAUGGUACAUUUAGCCUAAGAAUGCAGAGUUUCCCAAGACGGUAAUCUUUCUCAACAUUGGAUCCACGCUGCUUUGUUUGAUUUAUGACGUGUCAGUUAGGCUAGUAAUACAGCACAUGGACAGCUGUACAAAUAGUGCUUCUGUACUGACUCCUUUAAAUGUGUCUUGAAAAAAGCAUGACAUAGUGUUCUGUUUUGGUCGUUUCAGAUGAAAUGUGGACUCUCUGUGUAUAGGGCUAGCAUUGCCAGCACAGUAUUUCUGGGAUUUGUGCUGUGGUAGACACUGCUGUCUGUUAUCAUUUGAACGAUUCGAUGCUUAUUGGCAUCCUAUUUCUUGACCAUGGUUUUUGUGUAAUACCCUCCUUAUUAUUUUAUUUUUGCUUUUCCGAAUGGCCAUUCUUCCUGAUUUAUUUACUUCUUUCAUCAUAUGCAGAGGUGUCCUGUUAAGUUUUUUUUUUUUUAUAAUGACCAGACAGAAGUUUUGAAAUUUGCCACCUGAGUGUAGUCGUUAAAUUGCCAUGCGACUAUAGUUCAGUUGUUAGCUAGUGUUGGUAUUGUCUCGUAAUUUGUCACUUUUGUCUUUUAAUAGAAUUACCAUAGGCCAGAGCAAGAUAAUUUAGAAAAUGCAAUGCAUCAGGAUGUCUUUUAGCUUUAAUUUUCAGCUGUUUAUUUUACUUUUGUUUUGUACGUGUUCUGUAAAUAACAGAGGCUGUGCUUUGUGUAAAGACGCAUUCCUUAGGGCUGUCAUUGUAGUUAAUGCAAAGUAGUAGAGGUACCUAAAGGAGUUGGGAUUUUAUAAUAUAACCCACUGAUCUAAUAAAUGCAGCUUUACUUACUGUACUCUUCUACUGUUUAAAAUAGAGACGCCUACUAGAAUCCUUUUAGUACACAUUUUACAGCAGUACAUGUUGUGGACAGGUACAUACUGUAGAGUGACAUACAGGUCUGUAUACGACAUUUGGAAGCUGGUCAACAACGCUUUCAGGAACUGUAUUUUUUAUUUGUGUUAUUUUUUCAAGUGAUGUUGUGUUUUUUGCCAUUUCUGUUUUGGAAUUGCAUUUUACUUUAUAUAUGUAGAUAUAACCCAGACUUCUAAACUGCAGAAACAAAACCAUGUCUUAGAUAGGAAUGAUGUUGUGCAUAAGAGCAGUAGUGUGAGACUAUCCUGUAUAGAAUGGAAAUCUUGAACUGUUGUCAGCAACUAGAGAUAUAGCCAAGCUAUUAAUGUAUGAUUUCUAACAAUUGUGCAUGUGAGUGGAUUUGAGAGACAUGGAUUUUUCAGCUGAAGGGUUUUUCAAAUUAAAUAUUUGGACCACUGUAUACAGCUAAGGAUAAAGGGGAAUAUUUGACUUUCUGUAUAAUUACAUAGCUUAGUUUUUUAAAACAUAGAAACAUUUCAGUAGCUUUAGUGCUGUGUUCUUCCUAUGGUUAUUGUGGUCUUGACAUUAAUUAGUGGUUUUGUGUGCUUCUUCCUAUGAUUUGAAUUGAUUGAUUCUGGUCACACCCACUCAGUCUCUGCUCUAGUAUGUUCUGGAUGCAGUAGAUGUAAGGGAGGAGGCUGGUGUGCUGUGAUCAGCACACACUCAAGAGCAGAGCCUUUACUAAUAGGUCUUAACCCAGAUCAAUAAACAGGACAGUCAGAAAUAGAAUAGGGACAUUACUCAAGUUCAUAUUCAAAAGGGUUUUAAUGUUAUGAAUUGUGUAAACGGUGUGUUCCAGUUACUUUGCUCUUUCCAUUCAGUUUCAGUGACAGCAGUGUGUUUUCAAUAGACAGAACGUGUCAGUGGUACAGCUGGACACAGUAUGUGUGUGUGUGACAGAGUGUGGUAAACCUGUCAAUGAUUCUGGCAUGCAUACCUGCUGCUGUUUAAAAAAGAGAGCAAAUCAGAGGCCGACAUUCAGAAUGUCCAGUUCUGUGUUGGGCACGAUCAGACCUGGGUCAGUUAUAAUGAUAAUUACAGUUACAGCAGAAUUGUUUACUCAAGUUACAAUUACAAUGCUAUGUUUUCAUUUAGUUACCAUUAUGCUGCAGUAGCUGUAAUUAUAAUUACAAUUACACUAAAUAGCUGCACACUAACUCUGUUUAUUCUACCAAGUAGUAAUUACAGGCACAAAUACAGAAACACUAACGUUUCUUCACACAAACGCGCUCACAGAAAGUGGUUGACAAUACCAGAAGAGUGUUGGCAUGGAGCUGUGAAUGAUUAAGCUUGGAAAGGGGUGUCAUUGAACUGUAAUUGUUCAAAUUGUAUGGUUGUAACAAUUAAAAUUGUGCAGGUGGGCAGUAUAUAGUUUUAGCCUUAUUUAGCAGCAAAGACAAUGUUUGUCUUCAAUAAAAAAAAAAAAAAAAAAAAAAAAAAAAAAAUUCCUUGCUGGACUCUGAUUAGGUGUGAAAUGACCUAAACACUUUGUGCAUAUUUAUAUAAAUAAAUCAAAUUAGGCCCAUGUUUCGCAAAUACGAAAUGCAAAAAUAUCAUCUCAAUAAUAGCUUUGUUAUAAUCAGUUAAAUGUUAAUUGAAGAUUACAAUCAUUUUAUUCCUUUCAGAAAUGUGGGUUGGUAAUAGAGAGGUUUUCAUUCAGUCCAAGCGGCGAUGUUUAACUGUAGUAGCCAGAAUCAUUUAAAUGUUGGAAACUUUUGUUUGCUUAAAUGAUUCUGGAACUAAAUCAUAAACAAACUGCAAUAUAAGUUUUAAUUAAUCCAUGAAAGCAUACUGUCUUUUUAAAGUGGUGCACCAUGCUGUGUGCAUUUACCACAGUGACACAUGCAAAUACUGCAGAUACAGAUCUUUCAAAUGGAUAUAGGAAGUUUUAUCAGUGUUAAUUUAUUCAAACAGACUUUUGUUUUUAUGUAGGAAUACUAGUUUUAGUUUUACUGAAAACUGUCUCAAUUCCUAGAAGGUCUGCAGCAACCAUAAUCUGUUUAUUCUUUGUCAUGAAGAUGAAAAAAGUUGGAUAAAUUAUUCUCUGUUACCAUGUAAAUAGAAGUUAAAAAGCCCUGUGGAUUCA